AUGGCUGGAAGAAUCCGAAAGUGUAAUGGUCAAUUCGUUAGAAAGAAACAUCUGAGAUGGGCGCAGAGGCUGUGGUCUAAAGCCAUUUUUGCUGGCUAUAAACGGGGUCUCCGAAACCAGAGGGAACACACAGCUCUUCUUAAAAUUGAAGGUGUUUAUGCUCGGGAUGAAACUGAAUUCUAUCUGGGCAAGCGAUGUGCUUAUGUGUACAAAGCAAAGAACAACACUGUAACUCCUGGUGGCAAACCUAACAAAACCAGAGUGAUCUGGGGAAAGGUAACCCGUGCCCAUGGAAACAGUGGCAUGGUUCGAGCCAAAUUCCGAAGCAACCUUCCUGCUAAGGCAAUCGGUCAUAGAAUCCGUGUGAUGCUGUACCCCUCAAGGAUUUAAGCUUACUGAAAAGUAAAUAAAUAAAAUGUAGAUACUUACUUUUCUUGGUUUUUCUUAAUGUCUU